UAAAAAAGCGCACAGCUUCUUCAUCAUGGCGUCGUCCGAGCAGAUCAAGGUGACGCAGGAUCUGCUCGCCAGGGCUCACUCUCCAGACAGCGCCAAUCGCAUCUACAGCGACAAGAUCCAGUAUCGCACUCUCCAGCUCAAGCCGACUUCUCCCCCUCCUGCCGCCCUCAACGCCAGGGCAGCGCGUCACAGAGCUCGCCAGCAGGAGAAACUCCGUGGAAAGCAGAGGCCGAAGCCACUGUCUGCCCGUGAGCGCCGCCAAUUGGGCCUCUACGACAUUCCCAAAGAAGGACAGAAAUAUGAAAUCUACGAAGGACUGAAUAAGCUCUGGAUGGGCUACGCCAUGGAGAUCCUGGGCAACGACGUAUACACCGGCGGGCCAUUGGCCGCGGCCAAACUGGCAAGCGCCGAGUUUCACGGAGCAGAAGCCGAAGUGGUGAGGAGUCGGUGUCCUGGCCGAGUGGGCCUCAAGGGCAUCAUUGUGAGGGAUCGCAAGUUUGUCGUCGAGUUGAUUACAAGAAAGAGGGGGCUCAAAGUCAUUCCCAAAGAGGGCACUGUCUUCCGUGUGGAAGUUUCUGCUCCUCCACAGACCGGAGACUCCCCGGAGACAUUCGCCUUCGAAGUAUAUGGAGACCAGAUGAUGCUUCGAUCUGCCGACCGCGCCAACCGGAAAUUCAAGUCACACUUUCUCAAGAAUGUUUAA